UACCAGACAACACCACUACGCUAGAGGUGCGAAGAAACGUCAGCGAGCCUCGCUUGUAAUCCCUGAUUCUUAGGAUGCUCUUCGGUUAUCACUUGGGGAGGAUUCUGGUUUUGGGGUUUCUAUUUUCUUCUUCGUUGCAAAGCUCAUCAAGAGGGUUCCGUUGGCGGCGGGUUGGCGCUGCCUUGCGAUCCUUGCGAUCCUUGCAGGACUGCGGAAAUCGUGAGGAAGAGACAAGACAGAUGGAUGAGAUGACUGGAGGAAAUAUGAAGGUAGUAAGAAGGUAUGAUGAAAAAUGAUGGGUAUGAUUGUUAAAUGGUUAGAUGGUUGGUUGGCUGGCUGGCUGGCUGGAUGGAUGGAUGGAUGAAUAAAUAAAUGAAAUGAAUGGAUAGAUGGUUGAUGAUGGGUGAUGAUGAGUGAUGGAUAAUGGGUAAGGUAGGUAAGUAAGGUCACUAAGGUAGAUAGCCCUGGAGGUAACUUUACCUUAAGCUAGUGCUUUGCUUUGCCUUAGGUAUUGCUACUAUGUGCUAGCCGACUACAUACUAUGCAAGCAAGCAGGCAAGCAGGCAAGCAGGCACGUAUGUAGGUAGGUAGGUAAGUA